CGCUUUGCCUUUCCCCGCGGCCCGGCCGCACCGGGACCGCUAUAAAUCCGGCGGCGGCGGGAGCUGCCCAGGCCGUGCGGGGAGCGGAGUCGAGCGGGGAGCGGAGUCGAGCGGGGAGCGGGGCUGCCCAGGCCUUGGAGGAGAUGAGCUCCCUACGGUCCCCCGCCCGCGGCACGAAGGACCGCGAAGUGGCGGCGACCCUGCGCUACCCCUCCGGCAUUGGUGCCGGGGAGCUGCCGGCCGCCGCGGGGGAGGCUUCGCCGGCUGCCGCCGCCCCCUUGGCCCUGCAGGCGGGUCCCCACCUCUUGGCCAGCAUGCACCUACAGAAGCUCAACAGCCAGCGCCGCGCCGCUGGGGGAGUCCAGCGCCCGCAGGAGCCAAUCUCGCCGCCUGGCUGGGGCCUGGGGACGCAGCCGCGGGGCGCGGGGAGCCGGCCCCCACCGGCCGCCGGCCCCGGUGUCAUCGACUCGGACCCGGUGGGUGAGGAUGUGCUCGGGGCGCUGGUGCUGCAGCUUGGCCUCGACAGGGCGGACGAGCUGCCGGAGCUCUGGCUUGGCCACCGCGAGUUCGACUUCACCGCGGACCUGCCGGCCGGCUGCUGAGGCUGGAGGGCGGCCGGGGCGGGCGGCUCCCGCGUCGCCCCGCCGAGGACCCGCGGUCCGUUGCCGCUGGACUUCGCGAGCGCCUCGGGGGCCCACGGGGGGCGAGGGCAGCGCUGAGGGCGGGGUGGCUGCGCCCGGAAGCCCGGCCGCGCGUGGGAAGGGGCCGCCUUCGAGGCUGGAGGAGGGGUGGGGCCGCGCUGCCCGCCCCCAGCGCGUAGCCGCCUCACCAGGCCAGGCAGGCGCAGGUCUUAAGCUGCUGUCUAAUAAAAUCUGGAAGGACCCUUG